GCACCCCCUCCCCCCACCACCCCCUGAAUUAGUGUGUCCGUCGAUUCCCAAAGUAGAAGAUCAAGAGAGAGAGCUGCUGAAUCUAACUUAGCCUACUUAACAACCCGUUGCAAUAACAGGGGGUUUCGAGGUACGAUACUGUCACAUUGGGACCUUUUCUCCUUCCCAGCAAAAGGUGGUGGUUCCAUGCGGAGUGAACGGGCAACAGACGGGACGACUUUUCUCGGUCGUCGCUGGAGAUAAAUGAACAAGUUUUGAAAGUCGACUGGCGCUGCUGUCGUUGUUUUUCUGCUAGCAUCUCCGCGAAUCAUGUGGUCCUCCCCCCUGUGUACCCUCCUCCUCACCGCCUCCCUCGGUUGGCUGUCAGCUUUCCUGAUGGACGACGAUCACAUGACAUCGUCAGCUCCGUCCAGCCCCCACUUCACAGCGUGUGUUUCCAGGGACCAGGCCACCUUCCGCUGCUGGUGGAGCGAGGGCAGCUUCCACAACCUCUCCCAGCCUGGGGCCCUCAGGGUCUUCUACCGCUACAAGAAAAAUUCUCCUUGGAAAGAGUGUCAGUACAUCCACUCCAACAAGGAAUGCUUCUUCGACAGCAACCACACCACCAUCUGGGCCUCAUGCUGCGUCCAGCUGCGUUCCCGCGACAACGUCACUUACUUCAACACGGAGCACUGCUUCUCCGUGGAGAACAUCGUCCGUCCCGAUCCCCCGGUGGCGGUGAACUGGACCCUGCUGGGCGUGAGUCCGUACGGGCUGCACUAUGACGUCAUCGUCACCUGGGACCCCCCGGCCUCCGCAGACGUGAGCAUGGGCUGGAUGAGUCUGGCCUACGAGGUCCAGUACAGGAGGUGGAACAGCAGCGAGUGGACCGUGGUGGAGGUGCAGGGGGGCACUCAGCAGACCCUCUACGGCCUGAACGUUGAGGAGGAGUAUGAGGUGCAUAUCCGCAGCAGGAUGAAGGCCUUCACCAAGUUCGGCGGCUACAGCGACUCCAUCUUCAUCCAGCUCGCAAACUAUCCUGGCAGGGAGAGCAUCUUUCCUGUUGCGCUGGUGCUGGGGAUCCUGGCAGUGGUCAUCCUCCUCAUGCUGCUUCUCUUUUCUCAGCAACAAAGAUUAACUUUGCUGCUGUUACCCCCCGUGCCCACACCUAAGAUUAAAGGGAUAGAUUCAGAAAUGCUCAAGAAGGGGAAGUUCGAGGAGCUGAACUUCAUCCUGAGCGGCGGGGGCAUGGGCAGCUCCUGCACCCCCCUCUUCUACCAGGAUGAGCCACUGGUGGACUGCAUCGAGUUGGACCCCCUGGACCCCGCCGACGCUGGUGACAAGGGUGGCCAGAGCUCGGAAGCCCAGCGGCUCAUUGGGGGCCGUCAAGCGUCGGGCCGGCCCACAGUCGGGGGCCUCAGCCACACCCUCAGCUUCUGUGAUGAGGAUGACGACAGCGUGGUGGGCGACCCCCCCGACCAGGAUGCUCUCUGGACGCUGCUGACCACCCCCAGCCCCAGCCCCACCUCAGCCCUGCUGCUGCCCGGCCAGCCUGAGCUGAAGCAAGGGUUCCCGGGGGGCAGGGAUCCAGACCCGAGCCUGGCCCACGAUGGAGCCCCGCGGCCCCAGGCCUGGCUCAACACCGACUUCUACGCCCAGGUCAGCGACGUGAUGCCCUCCGGGGGCGUGGUCCUGUCUCCCGGCCAGCAGCUGAGAGCCCAGGAGUCCACCGCCGCACGGGAGGGGCAGAAGGAGAAGGAGGAGGAGGAGGCAAAGAAGAAGAAGUUGGGAGCGCAGAUCGAAGGCGAGGGGAAAGAUCCAGUGGGAGACAAGGAGCCAGAGCAGCAGUUCCAGCUGGUGGUGAUGGCGGCGGAUCCCGUCGGCGACGGUUACACCACAGACGCCAUGAACUGGCAGACGGGCGUCGUCAACGGCUACCACACUCUCCCCGCCGAGCGCGUGGGAGACGUCACUGCGCCCAGUGUGGCCGUGAAGUCGGCGGAGGACUACCAGCCCUCCUACAUCCUCCCCGACGCCUCCCCCCCCCCAGCCCGCUAUCUCCCGCCAGUCUCGGACUACACCAUAGUGCAGGAGGUGGACUACCAGCACAGCUUGAUCCUCAACCCACCACCCCCCCAGCCCCCUGCACAUCAGUGCCUGCCCCAGCACCCACUCAAACCCCUGACCCCCAUGCCGGUGGGGUACAUCACCCCGGACCUGCUGGGAAGCAUUACACCCUGAGGAGAUAAUUGAUUGAUCCCUUAAAGCGCAACACCCCGCCUGGAAUAAUCCUCUUGUCACACAGAUACACACACACACACGCGCACACAAACAAACAGACAAACAUAGACACACACACACACACACACACAAACACACGCACAAACACACACACACACACACGCACACACACACACACACACACACACACACACACACACACACACACACACACACACACACACAUGCAUACACACACAUACAACCUGCUGGAAUCCAAAUGACUCAAUGUAUUGAUUGAGAUAUGAUGCAGUUGUUUGUGUUCAAUGUGUUGUUUGAGGUUUCUCAAAGGGAAGCUUGGAAAGCUGCGAAUAACAGUGCAAGGGUCAAGGUUCGAUGUGCAGAGCAUUGUUUUUUUGGGGAAAAGACUAUUGUUUUUCACCCUAUAUUUGCAUCACAGACUCCUGGACAUAUAAUGUCUCUAUUCAACACUAGGUUUUCUGCCGCGAAACAGGAAAGUUGUGUUGUUGGAGGAAUGAGGAUCAUUUGGAUCCUUUUUGUCUUUGAAUUGCAAGAUCAUUCGCAUGAAUGGAAAAUGAUAAGCUAAGCAGAAUUUUUAAUAACAAGGCAAGUUUGUUAACGCAUAGAAAAAUAAUGCAGAAUCAUUUAAAACGGAAAUAAUAUAUUUCUCAAAACAAAAGUACCUUGCUUACUUAAAGGUUGUUGGCCAUGAAGCUGUGGUCAUAGUAGAGAGGAAGCUAUUCAAUGUGAGAUUUAAAAGAAAAGAUCCCCUUUGUGGUUAAUAGAUAAACAGAUGAGUAGCUGAUAUUAUGACAGUCGAAAGCAGCAACAGCUCGAUGUGUUUGGCUGACAAUAUUUCGCCGGAAUUUAUCCUCUGUUCUAAAGCUGCAGCAAAUAACAUUUUAGCUCCUAUUCUUAUUCAGCAAAUGAAAGGAAAAUUCACCCGAUUUUUGCUUCGUGAAUAUUGUUCUAUCUUUGUUUAGGUGUUUGUUAGCAUAAGCAUAACUGAUGAGGGACAGAAAUAUAGACAUACAUAUAUAUAUACAUAUAUAUAUUUUUUCUAUAAAGUUUUAUCUUGUGAUGUGUUUUUCUUGUCACUAGAAACUGCAAUGUAUUGGCCUGCAUUUAUGCUGUUGCAGCUUCAGAAAGCUGAGCGACAUCAUCCUUGGGCCCUGUUGCUGCCUGCAUGGGUCGUGGGCUUUCCCCCUCUGCCCCCAAAUACAAUACACAAACUGAGGCUUAUUAGAGGCUUUCUAUUGUUGAAAUGGUAUGAAUCGACAGAGAGAGUGAGAGACGAUGGAUGGAUGAUUGUUACAUUGACGGUUGAUGGAUGGAUGGAUGGAUGGAUGGAUGGAUGGAUGGAUGGAUGGAUGGAUGGAUGGAUGGAUGGAUGAAUUGGUUGAGGAUGGACGCUUGAUAUGUGACGGAUGGAUGAUGGCAAUUAAGCUCUUUUGAAUCAAAUUGAACUGAUGGAGGAUAGAGGAUGGAUUGAGGUAUCAAUAGGAAGAAGAAAGGUGAAUGCAGCGUGCAUAUGUCACCUUGAGCUGUUGUUGAGCGUCAGAUGUUUUAUACCUUCAGGCAGCCAUGCUUCACUAUUUCAGCUACCUUUAUGAAGCACGUAUUCUUAAUUUGGAUAUUCUUUGUAGAAGUAUGGAUGAUUUAGAACAGGGUUUGGGGUCACGAUCCGAGGCAUGUCCAAAAUUACAGAAUUCGAUUUGUUUUUUCAAACCCCUGUGCCUAGAACAGUGUUAUAUAACUGUGGUACGGUUUGUUUGUGUUUCGUGUGCACGGACAGAAGCACAUUGGCAUUUAGGGUUGUAGGGUAGGCAUGAAUUCUCAAUUGAGAAGCCGAGCACAGGUUGUCUUUUCUCCGCCAAAAAGGUGUGAACUCUCACACACACACACACACACACACACACACACACACACACACACACACACACACACACACACACACACACACACACACACACACACACACACACACACAGCAUGCUAAUUAUCCAAAUACAAAUUCAGUAGAAACAUUGACAGAAAGGUGUUCUACUCACUAGUAGUGAGAAGUAUUGUGAGAAGCUGCUAUUCAUUAGUCCUCUGUUCACAGAGUAGCGCUGCCAAAUGGAAUGCACAUUGCCAUCACCUCACAUGAACUACGAAUGAAUGCCAGGAACUUUUUUUCCCUCAUAAUGGCGCAAUUCAGAAAGGCGGACAGACACUGCCUGUGAGCCAUACCCCUUUGGAUAGAGAAGUGCGUUUGUGUGCAUGUGUGAGUAAUAUGUGCGCAUGUCUGGCAAAAUGGACAAAAAUGUCAGAAUCAUGGUGAAGAGUUGGUCUAAUGGACACAGUUUUCAUCUGGUUGGGAGGAUUUUGCUCAGAGCGGUUUGCAACGCCCGCGCCAUCAUCCUCUUCAUCGAAGUACUCAUGUACUUGUGUUGUGUUACAGCGAAAUGUAUUAUAUUAGAAUGGCGUCCAAACAGCCUCAAAAUAGACAGGGCAAAGUGAUAAACAAAACCGAAUGCAUCGUAGGAAUGGGAAAUAGCCAGGCUCAGGACUCAUUUUGAAUGGCCACAUUAUGUGAGUGACACAUCUCGGUACAUCAGCCGAAUGGAACAAUCAUGGACAUACUUUUAAUGUGAAUGUGUCAUUCUCUUUCUUUCUUUCUUUCUUUCUUUCUUUCUUUCUUUCUUUCUUUCUUUCUUUCUCUCUCUCUCUUUCUCUCUCUCCCUCUCUCUCUCUCUCUCUCUCUCUCUCUCUCUCUCUCUCUCUCUCUCUCUCUCUCUCUCUCUCUCUCUCGCUCUCUCUCUCUGUUAAGCUCAGUUGCUGCUACCCAGUGCUACAAAUCUUACCAGCAUGUUGAAGCUCUUACAUAUAAAGUCUUAAUAUAUUUAUUAGUGGUAUGCAAUUAUAUACCAUUAAUGUAACUAAUAACAAACAAUUGCUGCUUACAACAUAACGUGUUGUUUCUAGACUUCAGCCAGCAUAUGAGUAUUCUAGAAAGGCAACAUUCAACUAUAUUCUCCUUUCACAAAUGGCUCCUGUGUACAAAAAAGAAAGUAACAGAUUUACAGUGAUGUUCCUGCUUACAGUCUACGGCUAUAGGGUCAUACCACAAGCUAAAAUUGGCUUUGACUUAAGGGGCGACAUUUCGUAUUUUCAUCAACAGGGACACAUUUUGACCAAAGUUGCAUCAUAUUGUGGUCUUCAUUUAGCCUCUAUGGUGACUUCAUUACACAGUUGCCGUCAGUGUGAUUUUACUUUGAGAAGGAGCUCAGGUAUGACAGAAAUGCCACAUAGUGGUUGAGAAAUCUAGCAGUUAGAAUAUAUCAGUGUGUGUAUGAAGGCGGAGCUCAAUCCGAUUGUUGAGCUUAUUCCAUAUGGGAUGGGAAUAAUAUGGGAUUGUCAAGGUUUCAAUGAGAUGUGCCUCAAUAUGACUAUAUGGGUCUAUGCAAGUAGCAUGUUAAAAAGAAAGGUCUCUCUCAAAAUGGUGAUACAUAGCACAUUUCCAUGGGAACCCUUGUUUAGACUUGCGCUUCAGAUGUUUACUAAAAUACAGUGUUUCUGUCAAAUGUGUAUGCCAAUUUCGACGUCAACGCAUUAUAAAGACAGCACAAAGGAUUAAUGACAAUUUGAUUGCAGCAUUUACAGUGGUUCUUCAAGCAAGUCAAGCACUUUGUGUGUCAGAUGUAACUAUUUUUUAUUAUUUUGUACAUCAGUCCAAACUCAAGCCUUUCGAUUCAACUUUGAAAAUGGGUCUCCCUUUGUAUCCAUUGUGGUGAUUAGUGAUCUUAAGGAACCUACAGCAUCAAUAAGCUUCAAUGUAUUUUUACGAACGUUUUUGUCUAGAACAUACACUACCAUUGAUUGAUGAAAGGCGUGUGCUGUAAUACUGAGUAGAGAGUGUUUUGUAUGCGAUACAAUAUUAGAGUAAAUUAGGUAGAUAUAGGUAGAUGUAUACCAGGAGGACAUAUCAGUGAAUAAAACAGAUUACAUGAAGGAGGUAUUGUCCAUCUCCUUCAACUUCUUUUUCCCCAAUAUGUGAUUUAGUAUUUUAACCUUGUUUCUAUGGUGGUUUAAAAAGAUAACCUUCUGUGUUUGUGUCUCUGUAUACAGCCUGCAAGUAUUUCCUUAGUACCAGUAUCCAGAUAUAUUUAACUUGGAUCGCUAUCGAUUUUAUAUUCUUGUUUUUAUUAUAAAAUGUUGUUCUUGCCUAAAAUCCAACAGUAUAGAGCUUUGGCUUUUCAUACCAUAACUGUCUUCACCACCAUAUCUCUAGCAAUUGCCAUUACAGACACAAUUCCCCAAUGGCCCCAAUUUUCUGUUGUAUAUAUGAAUUUCCUAUUGUUUAUCAGUGGCUUUCCAUCAAAGUCGACGUGCAAACCACUGCCCUUGGCUGUUAUCUGCCAACAGACAAAAAAGGGAAUGUAUCAGAGCUUUACCUGAAGUAUACAGGGCUAGGAAUUCAGUUCCCUGCAUAUUCGAUAGUUGGUCUGUAUGUUAGACUUAUGUCAUUUAAGCUGCUGUUAUGUUGUUACUGUUCAUGUUGCUGUUGUUGUCGUUGUUGUUAUCAUCAAUAGUUUUUCAAGAAGCUCCACAAUAAAAUUGCCCAUCUUUGUCA